AUGUUGGAUGCCUGCAAGGUGCCAUUGCCCAGCCUGGGUCUCUGGACCGAUCGCCUGAAGACUUUGGUCUUCGGUUCGAAAGGAGCUGAUGCCUUGCGAAGGGCGGAGCAAAGGAUGCUGGAAGGGAUCAAGACCAAGGUCCACCUGAGCGACGUGGCCAUCCCGCAGGGCUCGGUGCACACCGUGUCCACGACUCCGAUUCAUCACAGCCAUGACAGCCAUGGUGCCGGGCUGGCACCGGUGGUGCUGAUCCAUGGAUACUUCAUGGGCUCUGCCAGUUGGUCCCAUAGCUUCGACGCCCUCAGCGACAAACGCCACGUCUAUGCCAUCGAUUGGCCCAGCUGGGGCCUGUCCUGUCGAGAGCAGAACUUUCCCUCUGGUCAGGGGACGGAGAUUUGCGAGCAGUUCUUCGUGGAGGGCAUUGAGAGUUGGCGUCGCGCAGUGGGCCUCGACAAGAUGGUGCUGCUGGGUCACAGCUUCGGUGGUUACUUUGCCGCUUGCUACACGAUGAAGUACCCGCAGCACGUGGAUUCCUUGAUUCUGGCGAGCCCCGUGGGGAUGUUAGAAAGGAAACCCGGUGAGGGCAUUUCAGAGGAACGCAUCCAGUCCCUCACUUGGUGGCAACGUUGGCUGUUCUUCCGCGUGAGACGGAUGUGGGAGACAGGCUGGACUCCCAUGGAUUUUGUGCGGGGCUUGGGCCCUUUCGGCGGUUGGCUCACUGAUUGGUACAUGGACCGCCGCUUCCGUCUCGCCCGUGCCAAUGGCACCAUGGAGCUCGACGUCGGCGCCACCGCGGAGUAUCUGCACCGCUUGGCGCAGCGGCCACGUGGAAGCGAACAGUGCUUGGGAGAUCUGCUGCAUUUUGGUGCCUGGCCCAAAUCUCCCGUAGCCCCACGUCUGGCACAGACGCUGAACGCCCUAGAGCGAGCACCACCUGUGACCUUGCUUUACGGAGACGCCGACUGGAUGGACGCCAGCGGUGGGGCGUGGCUGGCGCAUCAGCUGGGGCGAAGGACUGAAGUCAUGGUGGUGGAGAAUGCAGGUCACCAGCUCUUUAUGGACAACCCAAGGGCCUUCAACGCAGCCUGCCAACGAGCCUUAGGCGCCGGCGCGGCCAAUGUGCCCGGACUCUACCAGCAACUCCUGAGAUGA